UUCCCUCAAUCUAGCUGACUGCCCUGCUCCUAAAUGUUGCUGAAUGGCUUUCAAUGUAAUAGCUGUUCUGCAGGCAGCUAUUCUAUCGCAAGUAUCACUCUGCCCUUUUUGAGAAAAUGUCAAGGAAGAAAGUAGUUAGCAGUUUGUAGGCAUUUCUCUGUGAAGAGCAUCUGCAUUAAUGACACACGGGCCUCAGCAGGAGAAAAAAAAAUACUGAGAUAAUGUCUGCAAGUAUUUCUGUUGAAAGGAGCUGCACUAAACAGAAUCUCUUAAAGAGAAGCCUAGAGAGCAGAGGAGAAUGUCCUGCGAAGAGAAAAGCUAGCUGGGGUAUUCUCACUAGCCAAGGUUCCUGGGCAGAUCGUUCACCACUUCAUGAAGCCGCAAGUCAAGGACGCCUUCUUUCUCUAAAGACUUUGAUUGCACAGGGAUACAAUGUAGAUGCUCUAACCAUCGAUCAAGUGACUCCAUUGCAUGAAGCAUGUCUGGGAGAUCAUGUAGGAUGUGCUAGAGUCCUUCUUGAAGCAGGAGCAAAUGUAAAUGCUACAACAAUUGAUGGAAUGACACCAUUAUUCAAUGCUUGCUCAAGAGGAAGUGCAUCUUGUGUAGAGCUUCUGUUGGAAUAUGGUGCCAAAGCUCAGUGGGAGACAUGUCUCCCAUCUCCAACUCAUGAAGCAGCCAGCAGAGGUCACAGCGAUUGUUUAGAGCUAUUGAUCUCUUGGGGCAUAGAUGUUGACCAAGAUAUUCCUCAUUUGGGAACACCUUUGUAUGUAGCUUGUGUUUCACAGCAGAAACAAUGUGUUCGCAAACUUCUUUAUUCAGGUGCAAAUGUACAAAAAGGAAAAUUUUUGGAAACUCCAUUACAUGUAGCUGCAAGGCAAUCCAGCACAGAAAUAAUAAACAUGCUUCUCGACUUCGGGGCAGAUAUAAAUGCCAAAAAUACAGAGUUUCAACGACCUGUAGAUGUAGCUUCUCCACGUAGCUUGGUGGAAAGUAUAUUGCUUCUACAGGAAGCGACUCCAUGUUCUCUUUGCCAACUAUGCCGGCUACAUAUCCGAAACUAUAUAGGAAGAUCCAGACUACAUCUUGUACCACAACUCCAGUUGCCAACAAUAUUGAAGGACUUCUUACUGUACAGAUAAUGUGGUGAUUAGCUUUUGAAAACUUGAAGAACAAGUAUUUUACUGUAUGCAUCACAUGAAAAAAUUGUUGAGAUGAAGAAAAAGAGGGCCUUAACUAACACAUUACAUACUAACAUAUAUCUGACAACUGACGUUACAAUCCAACAAUAUUUAGGAUCCUUGAGCAACCUGACACCGAGGUGCUAAUAUAAUUUAAUACAAUAGAAAUUUUUCAUACACUGAAAGUGGGCUGUACGCUAUACAUUUACUGAUGAUUACUCAUUUAGAGAACUUCUGUACUGAGAAGAUGCAAUUGUUCUUGCAAGGUUUUUGUUGUCUUUUCUCCAGCUAUUUUGCCACAUACAACAGAAUGUCAUUUGCCCAGGACUGCACUUUUUCACUCACUAAUGUUCCCAGUUCCUUCCCCAUCCAGGCCCCCUAACACCUGCCCCCAAAAGAGGACAGCUGGGUUUGUCUGCCCUUUCCAACCAAAAAGUCUUCAGUGGGUCUUUUAUUCAUUCAAAUAUAGCUGCUUCCUCGGGGCCUGCUCUCCUCCUUGUUCCCUGGAGAAAGCUGAUGCAGCUGAAGGAAGGAGGAGUGGCCAUGAGCAACAGCUUUUCAGUGGACCUAAGGCCUGUUUAAGGGCUGGAAUGGAAAAACGUGUUAUAUCUAGUCCCUGAACUUUCAGAGAGAGGGCUCACUGAUACUCGUACUGCAGUAGGCAAGGGUGGAAAGGCCUUGAAAAGUCUGGAUCUGAUACAAUUGACACAAAGCCUGUGGUUCUCUGACAUUUUAAUUAUUGUUUGGUUUUGUUACACUCUUGUUCAAGAUGUCUGUUAUGUAUGUAUCUAGAAAUAUAGGAUGUCUAAAAUAAAAUCU